GCAGCGAAUCAAAAACAAUGUUGAACAUACGUAGCACCUCCCACAGCAGGUCUGUUUUUAAAACAAACAUCAUUGCUUUGACUGUUAACUUCAUAAUGCAUGUAAAUGAGCUUCGCAUAUGUUUAUUAACAGUGUUACAUUUCAUGUACCAUUUCAAAACAUUCAUAUUUUAUGUUUGACAACACUCAUUAUUCAUUUUUUUCUUGAAAAAUGGAUUUUACUUCUGGAAGGUACCCAUUAAAUGAUCCGAAGUUUUCAUUAGGAGGUUAUUACAGUACCGAUGAGAAUAAACAUGCACAGUGUGAACUUUCAAGUCUGCAGAAUGCAGUGUCUUUUCCGAAAUACGGAUACAAUACCGUUAGGCAAAUAAAUGACAAUUUUGCAGACGACAUAGCGGAAAAUUUUGACGACAGUGAAAAUAAACUUGAGGAAAAUGUGUGCGACGACAUUGAAAGAAACAAUACAACUUAUUCUUCGGAUUCAAAGCAGAGGAUAGAAAACAUUGCCCCGCAACGCGACACAUAUUCUGUUGAAGACAAAAUGACUGCCGCAGACGACAAGAGGAGCGCAAUGGAAGAGACCAAUUAUAUUGUUAAACUGGAAAAAAUGUCUCCCGAUUCUUCAGUUGGGGUUCGGGAGUCAUUGAAAGUCACCAGCCACAGUGAAAAGAAGAAAAACGAUGCAAGGAAUAAAGACCAGGAUCCCAACGUAAAACCACCGUAUUCUUACGUCGCGUUGAUUGCCAUGGCAAUAAAAGAAUCCGGAGAAAAACGGCUCACACUAAGUGGAAUUUAUCAAUUUAUAACAAAUAAAUUUCCGUACUAUGAGAAAAAUAAAAAGGGAUGGCAAAACAGCAUAAGACAUAACCUUAGCUUAAAUGAAUGUUUUGUAAAAGUGCCUAGAGAAGGCGGCGGAGAAAGAAAAGGCAAUUACUGGACUUUGGAUCCAGCGUUUGAGGACAUGUUCGAAAAGGGGAAUUAUCGCCGACGACGACGAAUGAAGAGACCGUAUCGUCCGGCGAUUGCACUUACCAAGUCAUUCUUUGGUGACCCUGCUCAUUGUGCAUUUGGACAAUUUUCUUUUGCCAAGAACUACUUUUCUCCACCACCUUAUUCCCAAUAUUCGGCCUAUCACUCAUGGUCCCUCCCCGGGCACAGCCCGACCCCAGGGCCUACCACGAUGAAUAUGAAUUACAACUCUUGUGGACAGAGUUCCAGAAUGCCUCACGCUGGAUCGUCUCUGGGGUCAUGUGGAUACGGGUCUUUACAAACAGGGUUUCAGCUCGGGGGUAACUCAGGAAGCCACUAUUCCCAGCUAGGAGAUUACUCUUCCGUCCCGCCGCCGACGGCUUCACUUGCAUUUUCCUGUCGGCAACAGAGCGAACCCUUCAAUCCUGUACACUAUGCGUAUUGGUCCGACAGAUGAUUGCGCCCAGAGAGUAGUCAUCACAGAAGAAAAUUCGAUACGAGUAUUAUAUAUAUUGAAACAAGCAGUUUUAAUGCAGUUUGGACGUAUGUACGAGAACAUAGAAAACAAAAUGACAAUUAUUUUCGAUGCAGCGUUUGUGAAAUUAUUGUUGGACAAACUAUUAAAUCGUUGGUUCAUGUGAAAAGUUUUAUGUAAUUAAAUGUGUACAGCAAAUAUAGUUUCAAAACAUA